AUGAGCAUCGACGUGGGGAAGGGAAAAAUUGUGCCCGGUCAACAGGGAUACGCCGAGUUUGAAGUCAAGUACCGUGCAGUUGUCUGGAAACCGUUCAAGGGAGAAGUGGUCGACGCAAUAGUCUCUUCGGUCAACAACAUGGGAUUCUUUGCCGACGUGGGGCCACUAUCUGUUUUCAUAUCCAAACACCUGAUUCCUAAAGACAUGAAGUAUACGCCAUCGCACACUCCUCCGGCAUACAUUAGCGAGGACCAGGUCAUCAUGAAAGGCUCCAAGGUCAGAAUAAAGAUCAUUGUUCUAACACCACAGGAACUUGAGUUUCUCGCAGAAUCCAAUGUGAUCACCCAGAACCUGAUGAAUCACAUACUGAACUCUCUGCCGGAAAAAUAUAUAGAAGGAAUGCCGCCUAAGGACGUGGGCGCCGCAGACAAGGCGGAGCCUGUCGCUCCGCCAGCUGCUCCGCCAGUCUAUACCCAGUCUAGUCCUUCGCCAAGCCCAGCCGAGUACGCGGAGGCGCUGUAUGACUACAAGCCUCAGCAGCCGGAAGAUGUGGAGCUCAAAGCAGGAGACAAGAUCACGGUGAUUGACAAACUGAGCACGUCGUGGUGGAAAGGUACCGUCCGUGGUAAAACCGGAAUGUUCCCUGCAAACUAUGUCAGGCUAGUUGGAUUGGCUCCGACCCCUGCUGCCACUCCUCAGCCAUACCAGCAGCAGCCGAUUUCCCCAAUGUAUGUUCCGCAACAGCAGCCUCAAGAAUACACGCCAAUGACCGUCGCUGAACAGCCCCAGGGAGGACAGCAUAACGCCAUGUUGAAAAAAUUCGGGUCGAAACUGGGGAACGCAGCCAUCUUUGGUGCCGGUGCUACAAUAGGAAGUGACCUGGUCAACUCCAUCUUCUGA